CAUUGUAGACCGGACUGUAGGUGAAUGGAAGGGGGAAGGAAACUCGAACCUCGAACUGCCUCGAACAGCUGAGCGGAUCAUAUCGAGGAUAUCGAGUGUGCGGCUGUGCGUAUUUACGAGAGACAAUUCAGCUUUGCGAUCUUGCGGAAAAUGUCGAAAUACAGGAUUGUUAUGGUUCGCCACGGCGAGAGCGAGUGGAAUAAACUGAAUCUUUUCUGUGGAUGGUACGAUGCCAAUCUGUCUGACAAGGGCAAAAGCGAGGCACUGUCAGCAGGGAAGGCCCUUAAGGAUGCUGGCUAUACAUUCGAUGUGGCUCACACGUCGGUGCUCACAAGAGCUCAAGAAACACUCAAGGCAAUCCUGAAAGAGAUUGAUCAAGAGAAUCUACCAGUUCAUAAAACAUGGCGUUUGAAUGAACGGCACUACGGUGGCCUUACCGGCAUGAACAAGGCAGAAACAGCUGCCAAGUAUGGCGAGGAGCAGGUACAGAUCUGGCGGAGAUCGUUCGACGUGCCGCCGCCACCGAUGGAGCCCGAUCACAAAUACUACGACACAAUAGUGAAGGAUUCACGUUACGCUGAUGGGCCAAAGCCAGAGGAAUUCCCUAAAUUCGAGUCCCUCAAGUUGACCAUCGAGAGAACGUUACCCUACUGGAAUGAGACGAUUAUUCCACAAUUGAAAGAGGGCAAGAGGAUCAUUAUAGCUGCCCAUGGAAACAGUUUACGUGGAAUAGUGAAGCACUUGGAUCAAAUGAGCAAUGACCAAAUCAUGGGGCUGAACUUGCCAACUGGUAUCCCAUUUGUGUACGAAUUGGAUGAGAACUUCAAACCUGUUGUUUCUAUGAAGUUCUUGGGUGAUGAAGAGACCGUUAAGGCAGCGAUGGCCGCGGUUGCGGCACAAGGAAAAGCCAAAUAAAAAAAAAAUAAAAAUAAAAAAUCGUCAAAUGCGUCGAUCUGAACGCAAAUCAGUUAUCUAUUUAAAAUUUAUUUAUGAACCUUUAGUUUCGUUACCAUGGUAGAGAAUGUAACUCAAGAAAAAUAUACUCUCUUGCUUGAACAAGCAUUUCUUUUGUGUUAAAUAAAAAAUAUAUAUAUUAUAUGUAUAUAUCAAAGUGUAAGUAAAAACGUGAUAUUAUAUUCAUUUUAUUAAUGUUCAUUUAUGCAGUAUGUAUGUUAAAAUGUAUACAUAUAGAGUCGAUGUAUUAGUGGUUGAAUAAUCAUGAGUAAAAAAUUAUUUUUAAAAAAUGACUUCAAAAUAAUAAAUUAUGAUUAAUUAA